AUGCUCAACUCAUCACAUCAUUGGUGGAAAUAUGGCGCAAAGAGACACACUACUUCAACUUUCGUGAAGGAGAGUGCAUCAUCUCGUUGA